AUGCUGGUGACCUAUUUGGAAGCCAGCCGGGACCUUUGCGAGACGGACUCAAUUCUUUUUGGCGCCGCGCUGGCAGUCUGCCGUAUCAUAGGCGCCAAGGUUUCCACGGCUGGACGCGCUACUGGCCAUAGUAGCGCUAUCCCAGCAUGGAGAAGAAGAAUUGAGGAACGUAUCGCAAAGGCUAGAGCUCUCAUCGGCAGACUGAUAUGCUUCAGAUCAGGCAACAACAGGCCAAGAAUUGUGCGCACCGUCAGGAUGGCGUUUGCUGGGACAAAUGUCAGUUUGUCCCAGCCGGAUAUAACGCAAAAACUGACGGAGCGCAUAGAUGAUCUGAAGCAGAGAAUCGCUGCUUGGGGAAAACGGAUUCGGCGAUAUACCGAGAGGUCGACACGGUUCAACCAGAAUCGUCUCUUCCAGAGUGGUCAGAAGAGGCUCUAUGAAUCAUUGGAGCGACCAAUGGUAAGUGGAACGGGUCCAGCACCGAAUCAGGCCGACACUGUAGCAUUCUGGCGCGGCCUGUGGUCAGAGCCCGUAAACCACAGCGAGGGCCCUUGGACGGAAGUUGUGGCGAGUCAGUGUGCGGGUAUUACGCCCAUGGACCCCGUCAUCAUAACGCCGGAUGACGUAGCUGAGGCGGUCCGUAGGGCCCCGAACUGGAAAAGUCCGGGGCUUGACGGGCUGCAUCACUACUGGCUGAAGGGGUUCAUGGUGUGUCACUCUGUGCUUGCCCGACAGUUUCAAGAGGCUCUCAACCAGAAGUCGCUCCCAAGCCUCUUCACUACUGGGAUCACUCAUUUGGUUCCUAAAGACCAGGCGACCAAUGGUAAGUGGAACGGGCCCAGUACCGAAUCAGGCCGACACGGCCGCAUUCUGGCGCAGCCUGUGGUCAGAGCCCGUAAACCGCAACGAGGGCCCUUGAACGGAAGUUGUGGCGAGUCAGUGUGCGGGUAUAACGCCCAUGGACCCGUCAUCAUAACCCCGGAUGACGUAGCUGAGGCGGUCCGUAGGGCCCCAAACUGGAAAAGUCCGGGGCUAGACGGGCUGCAACACUACUGGCUGAAGGGUUUCAUGGUGUGGCAUGCUGUGCUCGCCCGACAGUUUCAAGAGGCUCUCAACCAGAAGUCACUCCCGAGCCUCUUCACUACUGGGAUCACUCAUUUGGUUCCUAAAGAUUAG